AAUGUCAUCUACCCAAUUGAAAUUGGAAUUAGUUCAUAUAGACUUCACACUAAUAAAGAGGUGGGGACAUUCCAUCGACUGUUGUCACCAGGCCCGUAUCAAAACAUUUUCAAUCGAGCGUCUAAAAUCCACGGUAUUAAUCCAAAAAGCCCCGACUUGGACGGAAACUAUACCUUGAUAGCUUCUGAACUUAUCGAAUACUUUCAUCAAUUUCACACUCAGUUGGCCAUUUUUGUAUCGAAAGAAGAACAACUUGCAGGGGAUAAGAAAUGCCUUGUGGAAAUCUUUAACAGAGGAAUGAUAGACCUUCCUGAUAAUGUGAGAUUCAUCACACAUGUCCAACUCUUCACGUUAUGGACAAAGGUUUUCACACACAAAGUGGAGAACGUUAAUUUCAUGUUAAACCAAAUCUUCAAACAAUUAGAGUGCGCACAGAGAUGCACCUUCCAUCAGACAAUUGAUCCAAAAUUUCACUGCGCACUCUCGGACGCUAGACAUACAAGUCUGAUGGAAUUAAUUUGUCUCAAGCAUUUUCAGUGGGAAGUGGACGAAGAAAUCCAAGGCGAGAAGUUACCAAAGACCACUUUUGUUAAUAUGAAUUGGGAAGUAAAAAAUACUAUAAUUUGUUUUAUAGGCAUUGGAAUGUAUAAUGACGUGUUUCCUUCGGAAAUUGUGUUCACUUUGUAUGACCUCGACACGUAUAAAACUGAACAAAACAUUUUUUAUUUGGCACUGCCGGAAAAUUCUAAGUUCCAAUCAGAAACAGCAAAAACAAUUGAAAAUAUCAAAAAAACAGUCGGCGAAACUAAUGAAAUCGUUUUUGAAAAAAUUAAUCAUUAUAUAGACAAUCUGGCAUUACGUGGAAAAUCUGUGAUCAUCGUCAAUUUGAAGGGAGGAAUCGCAAAGUGCGUCCCAUCAAUCACGUCCGUUCAUAAAUUCUUGAACCUCCCCAUUUUGGACUUUCAAAAACAAAUUUUAGAAAAAAUGGCAAAGGAGAGGAAAACAUCAAAGCAAAAAGUACAGACGUUUACUAAUAUUGUGAAAAGCAUAAAUUUGCCAGAAAAUCACGUUUGUAUUGUACAUAUGAGAAGCCCGGCAGAUUGCGCCAAAAGACCAUCAGACGAAAUGGUUUCUGCGUUUUCUCACCUUUUUGAAGAUUAUGAUAAAACCGUUUUGGAAUUCGGUGUUGUUGAACCAGAAAAAGAGAAGGAAAAGAAAAAGAUUGAAUGCAUUAAAGUCGAGCCAAAAGAAGAUAAAAACGAAAAGAAAGAAAAGGACGAAGAGGUCUUUCACUGUAAAAACGAAGAUAAAGAACCUACUCCAAAAGAAAGGGAAAGACGGCCAAUCAAAACAGUUAAAAGAGCUACAAAAUCAUCCACCUACGCAAAGUUCCAUUUUGAAUAA